AUGUCUUCGUCGUCGGCGCUCCGCUUCUGCGCCAACAUCAGCUGGCUGUUCACCGAGCUGCCGGACUUCCCGCAACGGAUGCGGGCGGCCGCCGAGGCCGGCUUCCGAGCGGUGGAGGCGGCCUGGCUCUACGACGUCCACCCGCUGGAGCUCCGCGCGGCCAAAGAGCUCCACGACCUGGACGUCGUCCUCAUCAACACGCCGCCGGGUCAGGAGACAGGAGACGGAAAACAGAAACAACACCCCCUCCCCCCUACGUCAUCGUCAUCAUCGUGUGUUGCAGGUGACGUCACAGCGGGAGAGUUGGGCUUGGCGGCGCUACCCGGAAGAGAAGAAGACUUCGAACGAGGACUCAAGGAGGCCGUCCGCUAUGCAGCAGCUCUCGACUGCCAAAGGAUCCACAUUAUGGCCGGCAGGAUUCCGGCGGGAGUCGACGGCGGCACCGCGCUGCAGGAGAUGGAGGCCGUGUUCGUGCGCAACCUCACCUACGCUGCCGAGCUGCUCUCAGAGCAAGGAAUAACCGGCCUGAUCGAGCCCAUCAACACGCGGCUGACCGACGCUCGCUACUUUCUGUCCUCGCCUCACCACGCCGCCGCCAUCUUGAAGAAAGUGGCCAAGGAAAACAUCAAACUGCAAAUGGAUGUUUUCCACUGGCAAAUUAUGGACGGAAACCUGACGCACAACAUUCAGCGAUAUUUGCCGCUGCUGGGUCACGUCCAGGUGGCUCAGGUUCCCGGCAGGAACGAGCCGGACAGCGCCGGCGAGAUCAACUACGACUACGUCUUCUCCACGCUGGAGAAGCUCGGCUACCGAGGAUACGUCGGCUGCGAGUACAAGCCGCUAGGAAGAACGCAGGAAGGUUUGGCUUGGCUCCGAGAUUACUGGACACGCAAGAAGUGACGCUGCACGGACAAACAAUGAAAGCGGUGGCCUAGCUGCUAAUGUUAUCUCGUAAAAUGUCAUAUUUGAGAUUGCAGAACUGGUUUUAGUCUGUUUUAAUAGUGAUUCGCCACAGUUGGUUUCAUUAGAAAACACAAGAAGUGAUUCCAGUCUUGUCUGCUCGAGAACAAGCGCAAAAGGUGUAAAGCCGACCGCCUGCAUUUCCACAAGUAAAUAAGUCCGUUUUUUCCCCACAACAUUAUUAUGUGUGUAGAGGAAAAAUCUAAUUGGAGAAAGAAUUUGAAACGAUCAGAAUUUGCAGUAGUUGAUUGUUCCUCUCCAGUCCUGUAGGGGGCAAUGUUAUGCACUGCAGAGCAGUUGAAUGAAUGAGAUAAUGGUUUCUGAUUGAGGCAGGUUUUCGCAAUAAUGAAUACAAAUUCUCCAAAAUUGAA